AUGGAAUCAGCACUAACAGUGUUCCCCAAGAAGCCCACAAGAAGUGGCAAGCUACUAGGCUAAGAGCUAAAGUUAUUCUCCAACUACUUCUCGUUGGUGUUUGACUCUCCAUCAAUUCAAGGAGUCAACAAAUACACAUGUAAGUUUGAGCCAGAAGUACCAGACAACUCAAGAAAAGUGAGGACACUCAUCAUCAGAACUGUGAAAGAGAAGAUAAAGGAGAAGUUGGAAUUCUUCAUUGAAUGGGGCAACUGCAUCUACAGCUUGAAGAAAGUUCAAGAAAUUCCAAAGCUAGAGACUGAGCAUGAUGGAGUCAAAUACACUAUUUCUAUUGAUUGGGUGCAGCUAAUGGAAGCUACAGACAAGGAUCACAUGAAUUUCCUUAAGAUCUUUUUCAACUCACUCAUGAGAGGAUUGAGAUUCGAGACUAUCGGUAGAAAGAGCUUCAACUCUGCAAAAGCUCACUCACUAGAUGCUCAUAAAAUCAAAGUAUGGCCCGGUUUCGAUGCUAGAUUGAUCAUGAAAGAAUAAGGAGUCCUACUUAACAUUGAUGUUUGCUUCAAAGUUGUCAGACAAGACACUGUACUGGAAUUCAUCAACGAUCUCAGAAGCAAGUGUGAGCAGAAGAACCUAGAUUUUCAGGAGGAAAUCAUGAAUGCACUCAAAGGAACCACUGUAGUCACAAAGUACAAUUAGAGAACAUACAAAGUUGAGAGAGUUGACUUCUCAAUGAGUCCAGAGACUACAUUUGACAAAUCUGGUACUCAGGUAUCCUACAAAGACUACUACAAGACUCGCUACAAUGAAUCUGUCAAUGAGCCAAAUCAGCCUCUCCUUAUCAACAAAGACAGAAAAACUGGAAAUGAGAUCGCGCUCAUCCCAGAACUAUGCUAAGUUACUGGCCUCACAGAUUCAAUGAGAGCCGACUUCAGAUUGAUGAAGGAUUUGGCUGAGAUCGUACAUACCAAUGCUGAUAGAAAAGUUGCAGAGUGCAAGAACCUCCUUGAGAUCUUCAACACUAAUCCUAAGUGCCUUGAGAAAUAAAAGCUGUGGCAUCUCAAGUUCACAGAGAAUCCUCAACCUCUCAAAGGUUACAAGUAUAAAGCAGGGAAUAUGGUGAUGGGAGCUAAAGGAAGUGGUGAGAGAAACACUUUCGACAUUGAGUCCUGCGCAAGGGAAAUCGACAGAAAGAUCUAGGACAAGAUGUUCGAUCAACCAGCACUCAAGACUUGGGGAAUCUUCCACGGAGACAGAGACGCACAAGUGUGCAAGUAGUUCUAGCAAACAAUGGAGCAAGUGCUACAAUAAUUCGGCUUUGAAUCUGCCACACCGUAGACAUUCGUGGUGAAGGGUAAUGCCAUGCAAUCAAAUAAUUGGAUCAAGGAGCUGAAGAGUAGAUUGAACAACAAUGUGCAGGCGGCCGUACUACUGCUGCCUGGGGCGAAAGGGAAGACUUCACUUUAUGACGACAUCAAGAGAUUCUUGUUGGCCGAGUUUCCAGUACCUUCCCAGGUUGUACUGUGCAAUACCAUCUCUAAGGGCAAAAAUCUGAGAUCAAUAGUCAACAAGAUAUUGAUAUAGAUAACUGCAAAAAUUGGUGGUAUUCCAUGGACAGUCGACGCCUUACCAUUUAUGGACAAACCUACUAUGAUAUGUGGCAUGGAUGUUUUCCACUCAACCAGCUUAGGAAAGAAGUCAGUCCUCGGUCUUACUGCUUCGAUAAAUGUUUCAGCUACAAAAUACUUCUCAUCCUGUGUUAUUCAAGGAGAAUUAGGUCUAGAAGCAUCGCACUCACUGCAAAAUGGAAUGGUGAAAGGGCUAGAAGCAUUCAAGAAAGCAAAUGGAACCUAUCCACAGCAAGUGAUAUUCUACAGAGACGGAGUAGGUGAAGGGCAAGUCAACGGAGUCUGCAUUCCAGAGAUCGAGCAGAUAAAAGCAGCCAUCGCAAGUCUUAGUAUUCAGGUUCAGUUCAUGUACAUCAAUGUGUCCAAGAGAAUCAAUACUAGGAUCUUCGGUGGAGAUGUGGGAUCUUUCAAAAACCCAAUGCCUGGCACUUGUAUUGAUGCUACUAUUACUGAUACAGGAAUCUACGAGUUCUUCCUCGUGUCUACAUCUGCCAAGUAGGGUCUCUCAUCUCCCGUUCGCUACUCUGUUCUCUAUGAUGGCAUCGGUGAUACACCAGACAAGAUCGAGCUUCUAACCUAUAAACUAUGCUACACCUACUACAAUGUGUCCGGAUCGAUUAAGGAACCCUCAGCUAUCAGAUAUGCUCACAGAUUAGCCGCUCUUAUCGGGGAAAGAGGAGGAAGGGGCAAGGAGCCACCUCAACCACAUGAGGACUUUGAAACCAAGGACCCUACUCUCUACUAUAUCUGA